AUGGAAAUUUUGGCGGAGAAGUCCGAAGCAGUGGAGGAUUUUGCAGGCGAAUUUGAAACAUAUGCUCCAAAAGAAUGUGAUGAAUUCGAUACCUAUGUUCCAUCAUCUCCAAAAAAGCGGAAAAAAGUAAAACGCCUUGGAAAACGUCCUAAUGGCUGGAAGCAAUCGGUAUCGCACUUGUUUGGUGAAGAAAACGGUCCAGAAACACAAAAUGGCUAUGAGGAGUAUUCUGCAUGCGAAAAUGCAGCUGAAAAGGAAACAGAUUGCUUCGACGAUGAUGAUGAGAAGUCUGGUUUCACAGGGCCGGGAAGAAGUGCUGAUGAUAGUUCUGGUUUACUGGUUAGGGAUGUGGAGCCAUGUGAAACAGCAUCUUUCAACAGCAUGAGAUUUCGUGCGGAAGUAGCCAACAUCCCAUUGGGUAAAGCGAAGAAAUUGCGUGAAAAAGUGGGGAUAAAAUUGUUCGACAAGGCGUUUUUCGAUGCUGAUUCAACGGAUGAUGAUGAUGGUACCAAACGGAAACAGAUUCCAAAGCGCGAUAAUCCAAAACGACCACGUGAAGCAUCCUCGAAAGUGCCAGUAUCAAAAUUUAGGAAUGCGUUCGGGCAACAAAAAUUACAGGAAAAGAAGUAA